ACAGGGGCCUUUAAUAACACGAAGUAGAUUUUCAUGGACUCAAAAAAAGCUAGUGCAAGAGGUAGAGAAAAAGAAGCGUCUUCUCUCUCAUCUGUCCUCUCCGUCCCUCCCUCAUAUUUCAGUCCCCAACCCAGACUGUAGACAAGAAUGAGUCUGACCGGCCUUCCCACUCGAGAGAAAAUGAAGAGAUACCCUGUUGUAGCAUCUGCCUCUACGUCUCCGUUAGAGGAGAACAUCCUCUGGGACGAUUCUGAGAAAGCCUGGCUCGCCAAAGGAUCAAGAUGGGAGACUGAGGGGAUCCUGGGGGCUCUGACCUGUCCCUCACCAGUGAUCAAGCAUGGCUCUGAGCCCUGCCUCUGUGGGUGCAGCCUGAGGCCCAGGGUAGUGCUGUACCCCCGGCCUCCUCCAGCUGUGCGCCCCACCUAUCAGGUGCUUCCCAGCCUGUCCUCAGGGAGGAGGCUGCCAUCUCCUCCAGUGAUUCUCUUGAAGUCUCAACUCUCCUACAACCUUCCAAAGCCCAAAGCCAAGGCCAAGACCCAACUGCUCUCUUGGCGCAGUGCCACCCAACUGCGUAAGCUGGUGCCCACGGACAUGUGGCCUAAUGAAUUCAGUGACCCACUCUUCAGGUCUUUGCCAGAAGAAUCCCUGAACACCUCUAUGUACGUGGAAGAGAGCCAUAUCCCCAGCAUGGGAACCAUAUCCCCAGUGGUAUCAUUUGUGGAAGGUGACAACUCCUCCCUACCACCCUUAUUUAAAUGAAAAAUUAUUUAGUAAAUUACGGUCUUUCUCUUGUGUCUACUGAAAGCAUGAUAAGAGUCUGUUUUAACUGAGAA